AUGUUCCAUUGGUUGUGUUGUAUCCAUUCUGUUCUAUUCAUCUAUCUACUUCAAACUGUUCAUUGUGAAAUACUGAAGGACGCGGAAAUUUCGCAAUACCAAAAUGUGUUGAAACCUAUUCUACACAGUCGAUUUGAAGCCAUCAAACUGGUUCCAAUCGAUUGCACAUUCACAGUCGAUAGGAUAUACAUUCCGGUGCCUAAUCAAGGAAAUAAACUCAAGCACAAACAGAAUGGUCAGAUCGGUUUCGUCAACGGUCACAGUGCAUGUGCCAAUACAAAUGAGAAGCUGGAUGAUGAUGAUGAUGCUGACGACGAUGAUGAUGAUGAUGAUAAUGAUGAUGAUCAUAUUGAUGAUGAUGAUGAUGGUGAUGGUGAGUCGGAUGAUGAUGAUGUUGAUGAUUCGGAUGAUGAUGAUAACGACGUUUAG